CUGGUUUUCACAGGGUUCCUGGUACUGUGCUAUGUUGUCUACUUCCUGCGUUUCCUGGGCUCUGGGGAGGCAAACAGGAAGUUCUUCCCCCUGCAGCGUGUGGCAGACCUGCUGCCCUCCAGAGUGAAAGGAGAGGUAACAUUCACCACAACAACCCUAAGCGCUAACUCUUUCACUCACCGCAUACACUCCUCACUGACCUAGUAUACAGUAUACCCGAAAGCAAUUGGUCAUAAUAACUGACAUAAAUGUGUUGAUUGAUUGGUUCAUUCAUUCAUAUACUACAUCGGGUCACAACUGUGUUUGAGAUGUCAUCCCGCUGUGUGUGUUUGUAGCCGGUGAUUGACUGGACGUUGGCGAGGCUGACGUGGAGCUUCUUCAAGCAGUCAUUCCUAAAGCAGAUCCUGACGGAGGGUGAGCAUUACAUCAUGACCUUCCUCAACGUGCUGAGCUUCGGGGAGCAGAGUGUGUAUGACAUCGUCAACGACCUGGGCUCCAUGGUGGUCCGCUUCAUCUUCCUGCCUAUCGAGGAGAGCUUCUAUGUCUUCUUCAUCAAAGUCCUUGAGGGGACGGGAUGUCAGGCAGCAGAAACAGGUCAGAGAGCAGAGUCAGCCAAUCAAAUACCUGUCACUCAUUUCACCAUUUGUAAAGUUGGCUGAUACACACCUAAUAGCUCAUGCAUGUGCAUUGAUGCUGCUUGCUGAUUGGUCUGCAUGAGGAGGUUGCCAUAGCAGCUGAGGUUCUGGAGUGUCUGCUGAAGCUGGUGCUUGUGAUUGGUCUCAUCAUCAGUGUUUGGUUACGACUACUCUCACCUGGCUCUAGACCUCUAUGGGGGAUCACUAUUGAGCAAUGGCGCAGGUGGGUCAGCUAAACAAGUGAGUCGAUGAAUCAAGUGAGUCAACCACCAUAAUCAAGUCAAAUUAUAGAGAGAUUACAGAACUCAUUCAGCAAUGAUUUGAAUGAUCCAAUUCCUCAAGCUACUGGUUUUAUGUGAGUGGUUGUGUAAUGAUAUGUGUGUUAUAUUGAAGGGCCCAGUAUUGCUAUGCUACAGCUCCUAUGUACUCCUGCUAGCCAUUAAUGGAGUGACUGAGUGCUUUGUCUUCACUGCCAUGAGCAAAGAAGAGGUCGACAGGUGAGAGAAGGCAGGCUAACACACACACACACACACAGAGUGUAUCAAGUUGCUUACGCUGCCCUCUUGUCUGUCCCCAGGUAUAACCUGGUGAUGUUGGCUCUGUCCAUCUCCUUCCUGCCCCUGUCUUACAUGCUGACAUGGUGGGCAGGGGGCAUUUGCUUCAUCCUGGCUAACUGUCUGAACAUGGGCCUGCAUUUCGUCCACAGCCUUCUCUACAUCCACCACUACUUCCUGUCCAGCCAGUGGAUGCCCCUGCGCGGCUUGAGGCCCUCCCCUUUCGUGCUACUGGCUCUUGCUCUCAGCACAGUCCUCACAGCCCUCUGAGGUACCACACUGUUCACCUCACUGCUUUACUGUACACACCACAUACUGUAUCACAUAUCAGCCAAUCAUACUUACUUCUGUCUUUGACAGUUAAUAAAAUAGUUAUUGUUUAUAUCUUACCACCAUAGAAAUGGGAGUUAGAAUAUAAACUAUAUGUCUAUGCUUACCACAUACUCUGAGAUAAUAGUGAGACAGAUUGUCUUAUUUCUGUGUAUUUGUUUACCAUAGAAUCAGAUUCCUCUCACUCCCAUCUGUCUGUACUCUGUUGUUUCAGGGUGUGUUCUGUUGUGACGGCGGAUGGUUACUAAGGCUGGUUCACAUCGCUGUGGGGGCCGGGUGUCUACUGGGUGUACAUGUCACCGUUCUUCUCACGGAGACCAAACUUGUUCAAUUUGUUCAGACUCAGCUGUUACCUCGCUAUGGGAAGAAACACACCUAA